CAGAGAGACAGAGAGAGAGAGAGGGAGGAAAAGGCGUUUCCACGUUGAGCAGCCGGUGACAGAGCAGCGGACAGCCGAGCGGACGGACCGAGAGCGGAACCAUCCUCCAGAACAGAACCGUUUCUCUGUCGUUAACCUCCGAACUGUGACUGACAGCUCGCCCCGCACCGUGUGUCCCCCUUUCACGGCCGCGUCCUCCAACACAACACGCCGGUGAACCGGACUGUCAUCCAUCACUGAACGACUCGGAAGCCGCCAAAAAAAAAAAAAAAAAAGUGAAACCGAAUCUUUUUUUCCGAGACCGACGGAGGAGCGGACCUGCAGUUUUUCCUCCCGUCUCACACACACACACACACACACACACACACUCAAGAGCUGCUGCUUUUUUUUUUCUGUGACAACCCAGAGGAGAUUGUAUCUUCCCCGCACACUCCCGCAUCUCUCCCCCUGUCUGUAGCUGACUCAUCCCUGCUGCUGCUGCUCGGGACCAUGGCGGAGUACAGCUCUCUGCUCAGCGACCUGUCUGAAAACAUCACCAACGAAGACUUGGAGCAGCUCAAGUCGGCCUGCAAGGAGGACAUCCCCGAGGACCAGAGCAACAACAUCACCUCCUCCAAGGAGUGGUUCAGCUACCUGGAGAAGAACGACAAGCUGGCCCAAGAUAAUCUGUCGUACAUCGAGCACAUCUUUGAGAUCUCGCGGCGACCGGACCUGCUGACGAGGGUGAUCGAGUACCGCACCACCGUGCUGAAGAUCUCCGAGGACGACGAAAUCGACACCAAGCUCACGCGCAUCCCCUCAGCCAAGAAAUACAAAGACAUCAUCCGCCAGCCCUCUGAAGAUGAGAUCAUCAAGUUGGCCCCUCCCCCUAAAAAAGUGUGAGGUCCAGACCCCGGGCCCUGGUCUUUGCAUCUUGAUUUCUCCACUUCCGGCACUCCAAUCAACCGACCAACCGUUUCCGACCGACCCCAUCACUCGCCCACCUCCCACCACACCCACCCACCGCACACACACACACAACCAG